AUGGAACUGAAAAACCAAACAGCAGUUUCAGAAUUCCAUCUGCUUGGGCUCACUGACAAUCACAAACUGCUGUCUCUCGUCCUCACCAUGUUUCUCUCCAUGUAUCUGAUCACAAUUUUGGGAAACCUGCUUAUCAUCAUGACCAUCAGCUCUGGCUCCCAACUACACAAUCCAAUGUAUCUCUUCCUCUCUCUUCUAUCAAUUAAUGACAUCUGUUAUAGUACAGUCAUAAUCCCCAAAAUACUGGUGAACUUACAAGGACAGGACAAUAGCAUAAGUUACAUAGAAUGUCUCUCUCAAAUCUGCUUUGCUUCAGUUUUUGGUGGCAUGGAAAAUUUUCUCCUGGCAGUAAUGGCUUAUGAUCGCUAUGUGGCCAUUUGCAAACCAUUGAGGUACACAGUCAUUAUGAACCCUGUUUUCUGUGUCCUCAUUGUUCUAGUCUCCCUUUUGCUUAGCACUAUGGAUGCCUUAAUCCACAGUCUGAUGGUUUUGAGGCUUUCCUUCUGUACAGACCUAGAAAUCCCCCACUUUUUCUGUGAGCUUGCCCAGAUUAUCAAGCUAGCCUGUUCUGAUACAUUUCUUAAUAAUUUCUUCAUAUUUGUUGCAGCUUUUUUCAUUGUAGGUGUUCCUUUCUGUGGAAUUGUAUUUUCAUAUAUUUACAUUGUGUCCUCGGUUUUGAGAAUGCCAUCCUCUGGAGGAAAGCAAAGAGCUUUUUCUACUUGUGCAUCACAUCUGUCUGUUGUUUCCUUGUUUUAUGGAACAGGUUUUGGGGUAUAUAUAAGUUCUGCUGUGAUAGAGUCCCUUAGAAACACAGCAAUGGCUUCCAUGAUGUACACUGUGGUUCCUCCUUUGCUCAACCCCUUUAUCUAUAGUCUAAGAAAUAGAGAAAUGAAGGAAGCCUUGAGAAAAUUGAUUGGUAGACUCACUUAUUCUGUUGUCAUAUCCUGUGAUAUCCAUGUAUCAUGUUAG